AGAAGCUCUGGGCAACAAAUCAAUGGCACCAUGUAAAUGCUUAUUUUGAUUAUUUACGCGUUUAAGGGGAACGCGUCUCCAAAUUUAGAGGGGGAGCUUAGCAGCCACAGAUGGACAGCCUCCUCAGUCAGACCUUUCUCAUCUGUUAACAGAGUAAUAGUAGUUAACUGUGGCUGUGUAGCUAGCCAGCAGGCUAACAGCAGCUAACCGCUUCUAGUCAAACUUUUCAACACCGAUGUGAGAAGAUGGUCUCAGGUGUUUUCACGGCCCUUUCCAAAGAUGAUCCCUUACCUGUGGCAUCACUGCGCCUCUUGGUCCCACCUCUCCAGCUCAUGACAGCCUCUAUGUGGCAGGUGCUGAAGAGACAAGAUGUCAUGAACUACUGGAAUGUGGCAGAGUUUGUCUCUUUGGUAAUGGACAUGGUCCCGGAGCUACUCAUGUACAAGCACAAGACACAACUGAAUCUGGGAUUAAGAGCUAGGUAUAUCCUUGAGUUGUGCCGACGUGAGCAGCUUGUGGAACCCAGCUUCAUCCUAUCUCACCUCGACAAGAUUAAAUCACAGCACCCCACCCAGGCAGAGAUGAAAGAAUCAGAGGAAGAGGAAGUAGCAGUUCACUUUCUUGAGUUGAUCCAGACUCUGCUCAAAGAUCCUGAAGAGAGACGAGACUUUUUCUUGGAGGUCUUCCCUGCAGAGUAUGGACCACAGUAUGACAGUGAUUUGCAGACACUGUUUUGGGAGUUUCACUGUCGACUGGCUCAGCUGUUGCCAGUUCCUGACCUCGAGCAGACUGUCUCCUGGCUUGGAGCUGAGUCCUCUGUGUUGGAGGAUUGUGUGCAUUCAGUCUCUGAACCUACAGACCUGAAAAAUUUACUCCAGCACCACAAACACCUAGGGCAUUUAGAACAACACGUUCCACCUUCUAGUAUGGGCGACAGCAUCCUCUCUUCCCUCUCUGUACUUCCUCCUGGCAAAGUGGUAAAAACUACAGAACACCCAAAGCAGUCAGGUCCACUGCAAGGCCUCAGUGAUGAAACACACACUGUGUCAUUUGUGGAUGAUGUAGCAGUUGAAAUAAUCACAGUGACAGAUUAUGCAGAAGUUGAAUUAGGCACAAGCACUGACAUCGAGGUGGUAAUGGGAGAACACUGCUAUGAAGGAACAAACAAUAACAGAGUGGCUGAAGAUUCGCUGGUGGUGCUUCCUGAAGAGACAACCAGGGAAGAGGAAAUUUGUGAAGCACAGGGAGAGGUGACACAAGAAAAGGUUGCAAGUGGUUUGACAAACAUCAUGAACCCAGACGUUCACAAGGACGACCCAGCUCCCUCCCAACACAAAAUCUCUGUGGGACCUCAUGACUGCCCAGACUGUGAGAAGAAAUUUAAGUUUGCCUCCUCGCUAAUCGCCCACAGGGUCAUCCACACUGGUGAACGCCCCCACCGCUGCAAUGACUGCGGUCGCUGCUUCUCUUUCAGGCAGUCCCUCGACAGACACAGACACACGCACAAAACUGGACGCAAGUACGACUGCGUCAUCUGUGGCGAGACCUUCCUCUCCUUGUCAGCCCGCACAGAGCACAAGCAAACACACAUGGAAGACGGUGUUUACACAUGCCAGCAGUGCAACAGGAAGUUCACCUGGGAGCUGGCACUUGCAAGGCACUUAAAAACUCACACUGAUGAUUACACCCCUGGCGAGCCCACAGAGAGCCAUAAGGAGGGACAAGAGGUUGUCGUAAGUGAUGAGAAUCUCUGUGAGGGUUCUGUUGAACUUGCUGAGCCUGACUGCCAGAUGCAAGCAGAUCAUAAUGGUGAUCAGGAUCCAGAGAGUGCAGAGGUUCAGAGCAGUGAGCCUCCCACAUGUGAGUCUGGAGGCCUGGUCCCUAAACCUGAUAAUCAAGUCAUCUCCCCGACGAAAGUCCGAACAAGUGGGCGCAAACGCAGACCGACCAUGAAGAUUCAGGUGAUAAAUUUACAGAAGCGUAUGACUUCCAAGAGAAGGAACAUCACCGAGGUCAACCCUCCAGCCCUGAAGCCUCUGCCUCUCAGCUGUGCAGAGCACUCUUACGGGUCACCCAUGGUCUCACCAAAGGACGGGGAUGAAAGUUCUGGAGCAGAUGUCUCAUCAGCUGCUUUCUCCUGUCCGAAGUGCUCCUUCCACCAUUCAGAGGAAGGACAGGUGCAGCAGCACAUUGAUACUGUUCACUCUGUUGAGACUGAGGAGGACAAGACAUCACUUCAGCCUCUCUCAGAUGAAGAAGGACGUUUUAGUUGUCCAGACUGUGAGAAGAGCUUCAGGUUCCAGUCUUUGCUAAAAGCCCAUCAGCGCAUCCACACAGGUGAGCAGCCCUUCCUGUGUUCUCAGUGCGGACGGCGAUUCUCUUUCAAACAGUCACUGGAGCGGCACAAGCUGACGCACAAGUCCGGACGCAAGUAUGAGUGUCUGAUCUGUGGGGAUCUCUUCAAGUCAUUGGUGGCUCAGAGGGAGCACAAGAGCACCCACAUGGAGAACGGCGAGUACCUGUGUUCAGAGUGUGGCCGGGCAUUCACCUGGAAGUCAGCACUGGUGAGGCACCUGAAGACCCACGGUGAAGAUGCUGAGAAGGUGGAGCGUUCUUACAAAUGCCCUCGCUGUGACCUGGGAUUCAGCUGUGCCAGCUACCUCAACCGGCACCUCCAGACCCACCAGGAAGAACGAGUGCACACCUGCAACUGCGGAAAGAGCUUUGCCUACCGAGCGGCUCUCACUGCGCACCAGCGCAUCCAUCAGAAGGAACGGCCGCAUAUAUGCACUCAGUGUGGGAAAGGAUUCCUCUACAAGGGUGGCUUGCUGAGCCACAUGAAGAUCCACUCAGAGGAGAUGCCCUUCAUGUGUUCCUUCUGCGGCAAGAGCUUCAAGAGGGAGCGCAACAUGAAGAAGCACGAACGCUGCCACACCAGGGAAAACGUCUUCAGCUGCUCACAGUGCGACAAGAGUUUUGUCUACAAGGCCACUUUGAUAAGACACGAGCUGACUCAUUCAGGCGAGAGGCCGUACCUCUGCUCUGACUGCGGGAAGGGUUUCUUUUCCCACGCCGAGCUUUUGAAGCAUGAGCGCUUCCACACGGGCCACAAGCCCUUCCAGUGCCCCCACUGCGGCAAGAAAUUCACUCAGUCUUGCUACCUGACCAUCCACCUGCGCUACCACACCGGAGUCCGUCCCUACUCCUGCUCCGAGUGCGACAAGAGCUUCCUCAGUGCCAACCGCCUUAAAAGACACCAGCGAACACAUUCAGGGGAAAAACCAUACCUCUGUGUAGAAUGUGGGAAGGCCUUCAGGCAGUCAUAUAAUCUCAAAAUGCAUCAACGAACACAUAUCAUGAAGUUAACAUAGUUAGGCUUGAACUUAUUGAUCUAUUAAUAGUUUGUACAUUUAAAUAGUAUGCAAUUAUAGUUUAUAGUUUAGACUGGGACAAAGGCAAUUUUAGAAGCAUUAUAAUGGCUCUCUAUGUCACAGCAGUGAGCUGCAUCUGUUAUAGAAGCUUUAUAUUCAUGUUGAAUGUCACCUUUUUUCAUGAUACGGCAUUUCAUUUCAUGGUUGUGUUGCAAUUAAAGCACAUCAUGUCUUCAACAGUCAACAGAACAAGGUUCUAGAGAAAUUCGGUCUUUAUUGGGAAGUGGACCAAGUUAAACAACAGAAAAUUUAACACUGGUUUGGAAAGGAGGCUUAAAACAGUUUAUGCUACAACAAAAAUACAUUUUCUCUUAACAGCAGUAGUUUGAUUUUAAAGAGUAACACACAAAAAAAAAGAAAAAAACAUGGGCCUGUGUUUCAGCUCAGCAG